UUCGCUAGUAAUCAAUCUCACACACACAAAAGUCUCGGUAAUGGGUUCUUCCGCCGCACCACCAGGCUCCGGCGCGGGAGUACAAAACCCUAGAAAAUCAUUAGGGUUUCUGGCAAAUGCAUUGAAGAGAAAAGACAGCUUCAUACAGUUCCUUGCCAUGACUGGAAUUCUACUCCUCAGCGUCCGAUCAUUGGGUCAGAAGUACCGCAUCAACGACCUCCUUGAGGACACCUCUGCCCUAAGAGAAGAGCAACAAGCCCUCUCCGAUCGCAUGAAUCAAAUCAAGAGCAGCCUCCUCGCCGAAGCCUCUCUCGAACCCUCCGGUCUCUUCGCUUCCAGGCUUCGCAUUCUCUUCGCCGACGAUUGAUUGAUUCAACCAUCGAAUCGGGAUGUUGUAAGUGAGUGUUCGAGUACUACUGAUAAGUUAGGGCUUUCAGUCUUCAACUACUUUUAUGAAUAGUGUUUGAUUUCAUCGAUUUUGAUAAUCUCUUUGAGAAUGAAUGAUUAUAGAUAUAAUAGUCUUUAGUGUGGGAUUAAUUGCAAUGAAACUUUGAAAAUUUGGCACUGUUUGGUUCUGGAGUGAAUGAUGUUGCGUUGCGUUGCGUUUAAUUGAGUUUUAUCCCAAUGUUCUGUAUUGACUCUGAUAACCUCUUUGAGAAGGAUUAUAAUUUUAGUCUAAUUGAAAUGAAAUUUUGGAAAUUAGGAUCUGUUUGCUGUCUUAAA